AUGAAGAGCACACAGGUGCCCGGGAUUGUGUCCUUGGUUAUACCGUGGAUGAUGUCUACAACCGCAAUUGCUCUGCGCCUGCUCGCCCGACGGGUCACCAAGACUCGGCUCUGGUGGGAUGACUGGAUGGCACUGCUUACUUAUAUAUGGGCAGUCGGAAACAGCGCCGUUGGUAUCAAGUGGGUCUGUGAUGGCCUUGGUCUGCACCUGGCUGAGAUAUCGUGGAUGUCGCCAAGUCAGUCGCUGAAGGUCGCACAAAUGAACCUCUUCUUCCUUGCAUUAUUCUACGCAUUAGCUGUUGGUUCUGCGAAGCUCGCCGUUUUGGCCCUGUACUGGCGAAUGUUUUCGCUCGGCCGCCUGAGAUACCCCAUCAUUGUGCUUGCUACUUGCUCGGUCCUGUGGAUCGUGAUUAGAGCUACGCUAGGGGUUGUCCGCUGCAUACCAGUAUACAAAUACUGGGACCCAUCAGCGCCUGGACGAUGCCCUAUCGACGAUGGAAAAUUGUUCCCCGGCGGCGCGUUCAGUCAUCUCACGCUAGACAUCUUGAUCAUUGCUCUUCCCUUAUUCGAACUGAGGAAGCUUCGACUAAGUCUAUGUCGCAAGUUCGGUGUUAUGAUCUUGUUCUUGUUUGGAUUCAUCUUGCGCACCUCUGCUACGACCCUUAUUUUCAGGAGUAGCCAGACUAGAUCCACGAUGGAAUCAAGAGCAUCGGUACACCCGGUCUCGGUCUUGGAGGAUCACGAAUACUACCAAGUUCCCGUCAUGAUACCCGAGACGGUUUUCGAGAGCCCCGAGCAGAGCGCGGCAGAAGACCUUUGCCUGUGCGAAGCAGAACACAGUGAUGACUUGCGUUCAAGAUAUGGAUUGAACAGGGAUGUACAACAACUCGGAUGGGACAUAUGGGCAGGGCCGGGCGAAAACUCGACCAAUGUUCUAAGGCCGCCACCAGCCGUCUACCCUGGAGAUGCUAAUCUUCAAGAUAAUCACAAUCUCCGCUUUCUGACCGUACACGAUAUUGUUUGA